AUGGCGAGGCGCACCACAGGGUCCGCCUUUGACCUCAGCAUCCACGGCGACGAGCAGGAGCAGCACCGCAUCAUGCUCGAGCAUAAUUUGCAGAACACGGAGGUGUCGUUUCGGCUGGAGGAGACUAGUGAGGAGGAGCUGGAGCACCCGCUGCGGAAUGACCAGAACCAGAGUCGGGGAUGGAACCCGCCGAGUGGACGACGACGCCAGGAGGAGAGGCACGGGCGAGCGAUGGGGAUGAGGGGGUGGUCGUACCGCACGGGCGAGGAUGGGGAUGAGGAGGGGGUGCACCCGUUUGUUGGUGGUGGCGGGGAGAGAGAACAUACGUACGGAGAGAACACGGUGUCGACGGCUGCGCACCAUGCGAGCGCUGUCACGCUCAGUGCGGGCCUCGGCGGGCGAGGCGCGAGGAGGGAAGUGAGCCUGAGCGGGGCGGAGUACGAUCCUGACAGGCCGCUGCAGGCGAUGAUUGCGGGUGUGAACGGCAAGCAGCAGCAUAGUAUGUUGGAAGGGGAGUCGAAACAUCAGAUGAGGACGUACGACCCUAUCGUCGUGGAUAACACUGCGGAGCUGGAUAGGAUCCUCGAGUCGGGACAUGCGAUGAACCAUCCCGCCCUUGAUCACCCUGCCCCGAAGCACCCUGCCCACGCCCUUUCUCCCCACCCCGCCUUGAACCCCGCCUCUCUAAACCACCCCGCCCACUCCCAAGCACAAGCCCAGGCCCAAGCCAACCAGUCCCUGCGCUCCCGCUCCUUCCGGCUCUCCUCGCCGCUCUCCUCUGGAACCACCUCUGCCUCCGGGUCCGGGUCCGGGUCUGACGGCGAGCAAGCCCCGCCCAACUCCAACCGUGGACAUGCGGCCUCCCGCCCAAAGUUGACAGACCAUCUACGACACGUAUCCUUCUCGCCUAAACGACCGAGGAGCGCACAGGGAAACCAUACGUUCAAUUCGUUGGGGGCGUCUCCGAGAAGUAGGGUUGUGGAGGAGGCGAACGAAAAGGAGGGGUCGAUGAACAUGCCGACGCCUAGACCUGCGAGGAAGCAGAAUUCGGGAUUGUCGUAUGUCUCGACGCCUGGGCUGCAGCACCAGCACCAACAGCAGCAGCAACAGCACCAGCAACAGCAGAACCAGCACCAGCACCAACAGCAAAAGCAGCAACAGCCAGAAGUAAGACUGCACCCCGCAACGCCCUCUACGACAGGCUCGAAGUUUACGAGGAUGGCGCGGGGGAUCCAAAGGGAGUUGGAGGCGGGGCAGCGGGAGAUGAAGGAGAAUAAGCAUGUGGACAGAAAUCCGUUUGAUGAUGAUGAUGAAGGAGGGGGAAAGCCGACGCCCCGAAAAAGCGCCCUGCGCUCCGGCGGUGGAGGAGGAGGAGGAGGAGGCGGAGACCUCUCCUCGCGCAGCCGCGUCUACCUACCGGACGUCACGGGCCUCACAGCCGCCGUCGAGUCGCCCCUCCGCCCUAGGUUGUCCUCUGCCUACCACCCUUAUCCCGCUGGUGAUACCCAAAAAGCAAAAGAGGCGGAAGAGAGACUGGUGAAGACGCUCAGCGCGGUACAAAGGCAGCUGGAAGAGCUGGAAGAGGAGAAUGGGAUUUCGAGGAGGAGGGUGAGGGAGUUGGAGGGUGAGAGAGCGGGGGAGGAGAGGGGGUGGGGGACGCCGCGGGGGAAGGGCAAGGGGAAAGUGAAACAACAAGCAGGAGGAGGGAUGUUGGAUGAUUUGGACGAUGAGAGGGUUAGGGCGAGGUAUAAAGAAGCGGUUGACGAAAAAAAAGCCCUCGAAGCGCUGAUCACCUCCCUCCGCUCGCACCUCACGCGGCUGACCGCGGAGCUGGCGUCGCACCAGGCGCUCCUCGCGGAGCUGAGGAGGCUGAGAGACGAGGACGCGCAGGGGUUGAGAGAGAAGAGUGUGGAGAUCGAGGGGCUGAGGGAGGAGGUGCAGAGGUUGGCGGGGGAGGUGGAGGUGGGGGGUGGGGGAGGGGAUGGAGAGGAAGAGGAAGAGGAGAGCGGGAGGGAGGAUAGGGACGAGGAUGACCUUGAGCUGAGCGAUGAGGUGGACGAGGAAGAAGAGGAGCCGGAGCCGUUUGACCCCCAGGCGAUCGCACGCGAGGCGUCUACGGCUACUGCGACGAGCGUCCGGAACGCGCCGAAUGUCAGGAGUGCGCCGAAUGCCAGGAAUGCGCCGAAUGCCAGGAAUGUCCGGAAUGGGUUUGACACCAACGCGGCAGACAAGACGAUGCGGACGGACGCAGCGACGAUGGGCUCGAGUCAAUUCCUGGAGUCGCAGAAUGGGUUAAUGGGCGGUGGGACGAGGAGGCUUGUGGAUGAGGAAGAGCUGGGGAGGAUCGCGGCGGAGAAGGUCUCGCUCUCGUUGGUUGCGAACCCGUCGCAUCUCGAGGCUGAAGAUCCCGUCGUGUUGGGCAAGACGCGCGCAAUUCAGCAUUUUGAAAAUGACGAGGCGACCCAUAACGUGGCCAUGGGUGUCCUGCUUCACGGAGACGCCGCCUUUGCUGGUCAGGGUGUCGUCUACGAGACCAUGGGCCUGCACAACCUCCCGUGCUAUGGUACAGGAGGCACCAUCCACCUCAUCGUCAACAACCAGAUCGGCUUCACGACCGACCCGCGCUUCUCCCGUUCAACCCCGUAUCCCUCCGACAUUGCCAAGUCCAUCGACUCCCCCAUAUUUCAUGUCAACGGCGACAACGUCGAGGCCGUCAACUUUGUCUGCCAGCUCGCAGCCGACUACCGCGCCAAGUGGAAGAAGGACGUCGUCAUCGACAUCGUCUGCUACCGCCGCUACGGCCACAACGAGACCGACCAGCCGAGCUUCACCCAGCCCCGCAUGUACGAGGCCAUCAAGAAGCAGCCGACCCCGCUCACACAGUACACCAAGUUCCUCGUCGGCAGGGGCACGUUCACCGAGAAGGACAUUGAGGAGCAUAAGAAGUGGGUGUGGGGCAUGAUGGAGAAGGCGGCCGCGGCGGCCAAGGAUUAUGUGCCCACGAGCAAGGAGUGGCUGUCGGCGGCGUGGCAGGGGUUCCCGUCGCCGAAGCAGCUCGCGGAGCAGACGUUGCCGACCCGCCCGACGGGCUCGGAUGCGGAGACACUCAAGAGGAUUGGCAAGGCCAUCUCGUCGUACCCUGCCGGGUUCAACCCGCAUAGGAACCUCGCGCGUAUUCUUGCCACGAGGGGAAAGACGGUGGAGGAAGGCACGAACAUCGACUGGUCGACCGCCGAGGCCCUGGCGUUUGGAUCGUUGGCCCUCGACCGCAUCCAUAUCAGGGUGUCGGGCCAGGACGUCGAGCGCGGCACGUUCUCCCAGCGCCACGCCGUCAUCCACGACCAGGCCAACGAGCAGCAGUACAUCCCCCUCAACGACCUCGGCUCCUCCCAAGCGCGCUUCGUCAUCUGCAACUCCUCCCUAUCCGAAUUCGGCACCCUCGGGUUCGAGCUCGGGUACUCGCUCGUCUCGCCCGACGCGCUCACGGUCUGGGAGGCCCAGUUUGGGGAUUUCGCGAACAACGCGCAGUGUAUUAUCGACCAGUUCGUCGCGGCCGGGGAGCGGAAGUGGCUCCAGCGCACGGGCCUGGUGAUGAGCCUCCCGCAUGGGUACGAUGGCCAGGGCCCGGAGCACUCGAGUGGGAGGAUCGAGCGGUUCUUGCAGCUCUGUGAUGAUCAUCCGAAUGUGUACCCCUCGCCCGAGAAGAUCGAGAGGCAGCAUCAGGAUUGUAAUAUGCAGGUUGUGUACCCGACGACCCCGGCCAACUAUUUCCAUGUCUUGCGUCGCCAGAUCCACCGCGAUUUCCGUAAACCUCUCAUCCUCUUCUUCUCGAAGAGCCUCCUCCGCCAUCCUCGUGCGCGUUCGGACCUCGAGGAGAUGGUCGGCGACACUCAGUUCCAGCGCUACCUUCCCGAACCGCACGAUUCGUCGGCGCUCGUCGCUCCCGAGGAGAUCAAACGCCAUAUUCUUUGUACUGGCCAGGUCUACUUCGCCCUCACCCAAGCUCGUGAAGAGCGCGGCAUCAAAGACAUCGCCAUCAGUCGCAUCGAGCAGAUUUCGCCGUUCCCCUACGACCUGAUCACACCCCAUCUCGAUAAAUACCCCAACGCGAGCUUAUUGUGGUGCCAGGAGGAGCCGCUGAACAACGGCGCCUGGAGCUACGUCGGCCCGCGCAUCUACACCGCGGCGAGCAAGACUGAGCACCAUAGAGGCAAAUACCCGUUCUAUGCUGGCCGUGAACCUACGAGCUCGGUUGCGACUGGAAGCAAGCUCCAACACAAGAAAGAGAUUGAGGCUUUCAUCAAUGCUGCUUUUGACCUCUCGGAAUGGUAG